AUGGCGGAUCCAAUUCAGCUCGUCAAUGCCGCAACCUCAGAUUCUCACAACUACUAUCCACCUACCAUACUUCUACCCCAUUAUGUGGACAAUGAAAGCUCUUCACUUUCGAUAAUUAUUCAAUUCGGCUUUCUAUGGGCAGCCGUAUUGGGAGGAGCCUCGAUCACCAUAUCUCGUGUGCGACCGACUGCCAGUCAAUCAGAUAAGCUUGCUUUUGUUUGGAUGUGUCUGACGGGAUUCAUCCAUCUCUUUUUCGAAGCAUACUUUGUUAUAAACCACAAAACACUUGCAGGCUCACAAGAACUAUUCGGCCAGCUAUGGAAGGAGUAUUCUCUUUCUGAUUCUCGUUAUUUGACGUCCGAUGCAUUCCUAGUCUGCAUGGAGGCUGUUACUGCAUUCGCUUGGGGCCCUCUUGCCUUCUGUAUCGCAUAUUUCAUUGCAGUACAGCAUCCCGCACGUUAUCCUCUGCAGCUUCUGAUUUCCGUUGGUCAGGUAUAUGGCGAUGUCUUUUACUAUGGAACAAGUUUGCUUGAAAUCUCGUACUGUCGACCAGAAAGAUAUUACUUCUGGUUCUAUUACUUCUUCUUCAAUUUCAUCUGGAUGAUUGUUGGUUGCUAUUAUGCGAAGCAGAGCAUUACGGAGACAACGAAGGCUUUCGCGAAGCUUGGAGAAGUUGACUUGUCACCUAAGAAGAAACAGGCAAACUUCAAAAGGGACUAA